AAAACCCUGCUUUUAGUGCCCGGUGCCCACUCUUCUCAUUUUCCUUUUUCUUCCUUGCAGGGUACCUAUUCUUCUUCGAUCUCUCGGUGAGUCAGAUUGCGGUGGACUAGAUGGACCAGUACGAGAAGGUUGAGAAGAUAGGGGAAGGAACGUAUGGAGUGGUGUACAAGGCACGUGACAAGUCGACUAAUGAAACUAUUGCUUUGAAGAAGAUUCGUCUGGAGCAGGAAGAUGAAGGUGUGCCGAGCACUGCUAUUAGAGAAAUUUCUCUCUUGAAAGAGAUGCAGCAUGGAAACAUUGUCAGGUUGCAGGAUGUGGUGCACAGCGAGAAGCGCUUAUAUCUUGUAUUUGAGUAUCUGGACUUGGAUCUGAAGAAGCACAUGGAUUCCUGUCCAGAAUUCUCUAAGGACCCACGCCUUGUAAAAAUGUUUCUGUAUCAAAUCCUUCGUGGUAUCGCAUAUUGCCAUUCUCACAGAGUUCUUCAUAGAGACUUGAAACCACAAAACUUGCUCAUAGAUCGCCGUACUAAUGCACUGAAGCUUGCAGAUUUUGGAUUGGCCCGUGCCUUUGGUAUUCCUGUCAGGACAUUUACUCAUGAGGUUGUUACGCUGUGGUACAGGGCACCAGAAAUACUACUUGGAUCACGCCACUAUUCUACUCCUGUUGACGUGUGGUCAGUUGGCUGCAUAUUUGCUGAGAUGGUGAACCAGCGGCCUUUGUUCCCUGGGGAUUCUGAGAUAGAUGAACUCUUCAAAAUUUUCAGAGUUAUGGGCACUCCAAAUGAGGAUACUUGGCCUGGAGUAACCUCUCUGCCUGAUUUCAAGUCUGCAUUUCCAAGGUGGCCUUCACAGGAUCUGGCAACUGUGGUUCCCAAUCUUGAUGCUGCUGGUCUUGAUCUCCUGCGUAAAAUGCUGUGCCUGGAUCCCAGCAAGAGAAUCACAGCUAGGAAUGCACUUGAGCAUGAGUACUUCAAAGAUAUCGGUUUUGUCCCUUAAUAUUGUCUUCGCCUCCUAUUGGUUGCAAGUGUAUAUUGGUGUCUGUCAUCCAUGGGAUUUUAUUCAGUCAUAUAUGUGUGCUCUUAGGGUGAUUAUUUUUUGUUCUUUGAUUUCCUUGGUCGCAUUCAAUCUAUAUUGCAGUGGUUUGCUGGCGUGGAAUCCAAAUUUCUUGUUCUUUAUAUAUGUUGAAUUCCAGUUUAAUGCUCAAAGAUAUACAUUCGGUUUGUCAACCUCA